AUGUCAUGCUAUGAUCAACCAAACAAUGAUAUGUUAAGUCCCAAAAAUAAUCCCGUAAAUGAAGACUAUGGGUGUGUAGAUUGGGAUAAUUUAGAGAUUCAAAGCGAUGAUUUCUUCUCGUGUAGUUGCAUGAUGUUCGAGAGUAAAGGAUUCAUAUGUUCUCAUAUUUUGAGGGUAUUCAAGUUUUUUGAUAUAUUAGAGCUUCCCGAUAAGUACAUAUUAAGUCGGUGGGAACGAAAAACAAGGAGAUUUGAUCAUUCAAAAUCCAAGGAUAUUGAAAGUUACAUUGGAAACUUGAAAGGUCUAAAGAUGAAAGAAGGGAAACGACGAACAAAAAGAAUGAAGCCCUUACAUGAGGUUCGAAAGAAGAAAACCAAGAAAUUUAAUGUGCAAGUUGAAGAGAUCAAAUCUAAUGGCCACAAAUUCACAGCAGAGUCUACUGUGUAA